CCGCUACACAUUUUCAUUUUUGUGGCUUGAGAUUUGAGUGCGAAAAGUGAAUCAUGUCUGGGCGCGGUAAAGGCGGAAAAGGUCUUGGAAAAGGGGGCGCGAAGCGCCAUCGAAAAGUUCUCCGAGACAAUAUCCAGGGAAUUACCAAGCCAGCUAUUAGACGCUUAGCUCGCCGUGGAGGAGUCAAGCGUAUUUCUGGGCUGAUUUAUGAAGAAACACGGGGAGUUCUGAAGGUUUUCCUGGAGAACGUGAUCCGCGACGCUGUGACUUACACAGAACACGCGAAGAGGAAAACCGUGACGGCCAUGGAUGUGGUGUAUGCUCUGAAGCGCCAAGGUCGUACUCUGUAUGGCUUUGGAGGCUAAAAUACUGCCCGUAAUAACAACCAAAAAGGCCCUUUUAAGGGCCGCU